AUGGCGGAGUUUAUGGCCAAGGCCCACGAGAAUCGUCUGCAGGCGAUGGAGGCCGUCAAGAAGGAGGUGCAACGGGGCUAUGAAGAGCAGAUAGCGGACCUCCAGUCGAAGCUCGCCGCACUCCCCCCCCCCGCCGAUGCCGACAAGGGAGCUGCAGCAGCUACGGCGUUUCGAGCGGAGGAGCCCGUGCUCGUGGGCGUUGGACAAGGGGCGUCCAUGGGCUUUGCUGGGGGCGCCGCGCAGCACCCCAGCUACGCGGCUCGUUCGGCGCGCCCCGGGUGGGAGGCUAGAUGGGGGGCGGAGGAACCCGCGCGGGCGUCGCCAGCCGUUACGGCGGCGGACGUGAGUUCGAUGGAGUCAAGGGUCGCGGCGGCAAGUGCGCCUGGCGGCGGAGCGGUUCACCCCGCCUACGCUGCUCGCGCACAGCGGCCGGGGUGGGAGGAACGGUGGGGAAUGGAGGAGCCGGCCCGAAAGACUAUGGCAGCAGCUUCGACGUCGGCGUCGGCCGAGGUUGUCCCGCAGGCGCAGGGGAAGGCGGCGGCCCCAGCAGAUGUGCACCCGGCCUACGCAGCUCGUACGCAGCGCCCUGGGUGGGAGGAACGGUGGGGAGCGGAGGAGCCGGCCCGAAAGACCAUGACUGUGGCAGGGGCAGGCUCUACGUCAGCCCCGGCCGAGGUUGCCACGCAGGCUCUGGGCACACCGGCGGCCCCAGCAGAUGUGCACCCGGCCUACGCAGCUCGUACGCAGCGCCCCGGUUGGGAGGAAAGGUGGGGGUCCGAGGAACCGGCCAGGAUGACUGCGGCGACGGCAACUCCUACGCCCCCCGGGCCCGCGGCUAGCGCUCAGGCACAGAGCACCGCAGCCUCCCCGCCGGCAGAUGUUCACCCGGCCUACGCAGCUCGUGCACAGAGGCCCGGGUGGGAGGCCAGGUGGGGCUCCGAGGAACCGGCGAGGAUGAUUGCGGCGACUUCUACCGCCGGUGCUCCCACAGCUAGCGGGAAAACGGCGUUGCCGGACGCGGAGGACUCGCACCCUGCCUACGCCGCCCGAUCGGGGCGUCCGGGCUGGGAGGCCCGGUGGGGGAGCGAGGAGAAGGAGCGCGUGGCGGGGGCGGAUGCGGGAGCGAUCGCGGUCGCGGGGGCGGCGGCUGGGUUUGCCACGGCCGGCGGCUUGGACGCCGCCGCCAGUGCGGCUGCUGCUGAUGAGGCUUCUGCCGAGAGCGGCGGUGCGGGCGAUGACCCCCUAGCGGACGAGUUUUUGACGGACGAUGUUGCGGAGCUCAGGAGCAUGGUGGUGUCAAACCGACGAAGUUUCCAGGACUACCUCUUGAAGUCUCUGUGGGCGAGCAACGAACUCAAGCAGUCCAACGCUGUGCUAGAAGCGGAGCUGUCCAGGUCAAAGGUGAGGCUUGCGGCGGAGGAGCAGCUGCGGGAGAGCCUGCAGGAAAGCUUCCUCGGCUACAUGAGCCGGAGCGGCGAUGCCGGGGCGGCCGGUAAGGCGCAGGUCGCGAAGUUGGAGAAGGACGUGCUAACGCUAGCCGCUGAGGCGGAUGAACUCAGGCGCUUCACCCAGGAAUAUAUGGUCAAGGCUUCCAGCGACAAGCAGAAUGCUCUCGAAGAGGCCGCCGCAACCGCGCGCGCUCAGUCGGCUGAGCGCAUCGCGGCGUUGCAGGCCCAGGUUUUGGAGCUUCAGGCGGGCGGCUGAAAGCGCCGGUGUAGGAACCCCCCCUCCAAAUCUGCUGAAUUGUUUGUUUUGAUGUUGGGAAUCGAAUUUUGCCGCGACUUAGCCUACUUGUCUCAUACAGCAGUGUUCAUCUAGAGUUGACGUUGCAACGGCCGGCUUUUCUUGUUUUGAUUGUUGCUGCUGGGAGGAGCUGGGGCAUCUUCUGUGGUCGUCUCAUGUCGUGUGUGGGGUCUCGAUGCCCCUCGUGGGAUCGGAUACCGCCCGUUGAUCUCGCCGAGUUCUCUUGUUUUCUUUCGAGAUCUUCCCACGCCUUUGUUGCAGAGGGGGAGCUUAGCAUGGAACAACGUGCACAUGUAUGUAGUCUGAUUGUCCUAAAACGCCGCGUGCGGCGGCAGCAGACACCAGUCGCAGCAGCAGCAGCUGGGCGGCAGGUAGUGUCAUGACAGGAGGCGUGCCUCUUCGAGCGAUUUCGAAGCACUAAUGGACUUCUCUUUUCUCUAGUCUUUGGGGCGUUUUGUAUUAUGACUAUGUUGGGAAAGGGUAUGCCAUGUGGUACAAGGUGCCUUGAAG